GCGUGGGGCCCACGGCGACGUCACGUCCCGCCCCUGCCUGCCACGGGGGCGGCCCCGCCUCUCCGACCUCCUCCCGGCCCCGCCCCGCCCCGCCCGCCUCCAGAGUCCGAGCGCCGCUCGCCUCCAGCCCACACCGGCCUCGGGAACACAGGGAAGGCCAUGGAGACUUCAGGAUCACUUCAAGACCACAGUCGAGUCCAUGGAGAAUCAGAAGAUCUAGACCAUGGAGAGACGGAUUUCCACAAGCAAGACCAGGAGGCUGAGCUCUAUUCUCAAGAAGAGGAUGAGAAAGGCAAGUCUUCCUCCUCUUCAUCCUCCUCCUCCUCAUCCUCCUCCUCAGGUGCUGAGCAUGGGGAGCCUGACGUUUUGAAGGAUGAGCUUCAACUCUAUGAAGGUGCCCCCGGGGAGGCGGUGCCGUCUGAGGAAUCAGGACUCCGAAGGAGAGGCUCUAACCCAGAGAGUGGAGAAGUGGAGCCCUCCCAGUUAAGAAGACUAAAUAUAAAGAAGGAUGAUGAGUUUUUCCAUUUCAUCCUCCUCUGCUUUGCCAUUGGGGCCUUGCUGGUGUGUUAUCACUAUUAUACAGACUGGUUCAUGUCCCUUGGGGUCGGGCUGCUCACCUUCGCCUCCCUGGAGACCGUUGGCAUCUACUUUGGCCUGGUGUACCGGAUCCACAGCGUCCUGCAUGGCUUCGUUCCCCUCUUUCAGAAGCUUAGGCUGAUAGGCUUCAGGAAGACCGACUGAGACCAGUGCCAGGUGGGCAGCCAGGCCAGGCCCCGGUGUGACCACCACUGCAUCCUUUCAGCCCACGAGGAUAGAGCAGCGUCCUGGGAGACGCGCGGGCGGGCCAAGCUAGAGCAAUAAAGAGAGCGCUUUGCCUUCCAUGUGGUCUGAACAUUGGCACCAGCUGGGCCAAGGUGUCCCUCGGGCAGUGUUGGCACGCAACCCAGCUGCCAGGAUGGCAGGAGAGGGAGGGUGCGGGCCUGUGCCCUUCAUGGAGCCUGGAUCAUCAGGAGGAUCCUGGGACAUCACUCCUCUCAGGAGGCAGUCGGAGACCCCUGGGCCCUGCAAGCUGUAAUCUGUCUGGGCUUGUGAAUUCUCUCAAGUCCCCAGGCCAUCCCGGGACAGACAGAUGGUCCACUGCCCUGAGGCAGGGAAGUACACGUCAGGCCCCUGGGGUGAACCUGAUACAGGUGAGAUUUGGGGGAACUAAAUCCACAGCAUCCAGGUCUUCCUAUUACCUAGUGCCAGCCCUGCUGUCCUUGGACUCCAUUAAGAUUCAAAUAAACAUUCUCUUCCCUGGACUAAAAAGAGUCAGCUAAAUAUUCCUUU